AUGGAAGAAUCGAGAAAAGGGACAACCACCCUCGCCUUUGAAGAAAAUGGUGCGGAGCCAACACCGCCCCCAUUCACCGUCUUCACGGUCCGUCAAAGGCGGUGGAUCGUCUUCCUCGCCGCCUUUUCGGGCAUGUUCUCGCCCAUGAGCAGUUUCAUCUUCUACCCCGCCAUCACGUCCAUCGCGCGGGGACUCGACGUCACCGUGGAGCUGGUGAACCUCGCCGUGACCACAUACAUGGUCGUGUCCGGCAUCGUGCCCGCGCUUCUCGGCACGGCGGCCGAUCACUACGGCCGGCGCCCGGUCUACAUCCUCGCCCUGUCCGUGUAUCUCGUUGCCAAUAUCGGGCUGGCGUGCCAGAGCAGCUUUCCGGCCCUCCUGGUCCUGCGCAUGCUGCAGAGCGCAGGCAGCUCCGGCACCAUCUCGCUGGGGUAUGGAGUCAUGGCCGACAUUACGACCGAGGAGGACCGGGGAUCCUAUAUCGGGAUACUUCUCGUUGGGCCCAACGUGGCACCACCAAUCGGCCCCAUCCUCGGCGGCGUCGUGGCUGCAAAAUUGGGCUGGCAAUGGAUCUUUUGGAUACUGGUCAUCCUCGGCGGAUUUUGCCUCGCUCUCAUCGUUAUCGCUCUUCCAGAGACGUCUAGAGCCGUGGUCGGGAAUGGCAGCAUCCCACCUCACGGCAUCUACCGCAGCCUCAUCCCCAUCGGCAGGGAGCAGCAAGACAGCCGCAAAGCGGAGGAGACUCUCAAAAAGAAAAGAGCCGCAUUCUUCAAUCCCUUGGCGUCACUAAAGAUUCUGCCGUCAUUUCGAUUGUCCAACGUCCUUCUUUGCAACGGCAUUGCAUACACGGUAUACUGCUGCAUCCAGGCGUCCUUGUCGUCGCUGUUCAUUGAUGUCUACGGAUAUCAUGAUCUGGAAGCAGGCCUGAUAUAUAUUCCUUUUGGAGUGGCAUGCCUCAUUAGCACCCUCCUCUGGGGUAAAAUCCUCGAUCGCGAGUACGUGCGAGCUGCCCAGCGCCACGGAAUCACCGUGGACGAAGCGAAAUCGAAAACGGACCCUACCUUCCCGCUCGAGGUUGCCCGGCUGCGCAGCAGCUUUGCUCUGGUAGGAGUCGCUUCGGCGGCUACAUGCGGCUUUGGCUGGGCCAUUCAAGCUAGAACUCACGUGGCGGUUCCUUUGAUCAUGCAAGUAUUUGUGGGCUUCGCUACCACUGGCUUAUUCGUGGCCCUUGGCGCCUUGAAUACUGAUCUGAACACCCAUCAAUCUUCGACUGCUUCCGCCGCGGCCAACAUUGUGCGAUGCGCCCUUGCGGCCGCGUUCCUCUCCAUCCUGCAAAUAAUGAUUGACCACAUCGGACCAGGUUGGUGUUUUACCAUAUUCGGCCUGAUCAUGUCACUCUGCGGCGUCUCACUGUAUUGGCAAAUCACCGUUGGCUAUCAGCGAAGAAUGAGAGAGGAAGUCGAGGGCUCAGGCCUAGUCACCGGCCAGCCUUCAUCAUAG